AACUCCUAAACAACAAGAUUAUAUCUAAUACACUGGACUGAUGAGCCCUCCCAAACAAGUCGACCAGCUAGUUUGCACUUUGCAGCAAUCCUGCUCUGAUCGAUCCUGUAAUUUUCCACCAUGGCUCUCCUUCAUGUCGUUGUCCUUCUUGUUCUUGGACUCCUCUUCCUUCACGCCCCGUCCUGCUCCGUCGCCACGGACACGGUGACACCAGGCAAUGGGCUCGCCGGCAGCAGCAGGCUCGUCUCCAACAACAGCAAGUUCGCGCUGGGCUUCUUCAAGAUGGACAGUAAGUCCUUCAACUACACCAACCCCUACACUUACCUCGGCAUAUGGUUCAACAAGGUCCCCAAGCUAACUCCACUCUGGAGCGCCAAUGGCGAGAGCCCUGUCAUCGACCCCACUUCACCUGAGCUUGCGAUCGUCGGCGACGGGAACUUGGUCAUCAUGGACGGGGCCACCAGGUCCAUCAUUUGGUCUACCCGUGCCAACACCACAACCACCGACACCAUCGCCGUGCUCCAGAACGACGGCAACCUCGUCCUCCGAAGCUCCUCCAACUCAUCCAACAUCUUCUGGCAGAGCUUCGACUACCCGACAGACAACUUCUUCGCUGGUGCCAAGAUUGGCUGGGACAAGGUAACUGGCCUGAACCGUCGCCUUGUUUCAAGAAAGAAUUUGAUAGAUCAGGCUCCUGGCCUGUACACUGCGGAGCUACAGCGCAAUGGGGUUGGCCAUCUCGUAUGGAACUCAACCGUCGAAAUCGAGUCCACCGGGGAAUGGAAUGGCCAAUACUUCAGCGCAGCGCCGGAGCUGAUAGGCAACAGUGACAAUCUGACAACUUUCAGGUAUGUCAAUAACGACAGAGAGGUGUACUUCACAUGGAUAUUGCACGACCAGACGAUGAUCGUGCUCUCGCAACUAGAUGUCUUUGGCCAAGGCCUGGUGAGUAUUUGGAUGGACGAAUCGCAGGACUGGGUGACAAUUUACAAGCAGCCUGUACUUCAGUGUGAUGCCUAUGCAACAUGUGGACCAUUCACUGUCUGCAAUGAGAAAAAUGAGGACCCAGUCUGCAACUGCAUGAAGGGUUUCUCAAUAAGCUCACCCAGAGACUGGGAGCUGGGGAACCGGAGAGAUGGGUGCACGAGGAAUACUCCACUGCGACGCUGCCGAAUCGACGACGGCAGCAACACAGAUCUCACAGAUAAGUUCUAUGCUGUGCAACAGGUCAGGUUGCCCAAUGAUGCAAUGAAAAUGCAGGCUGCAACAAGUGAAGAUGAUUGCUCACAGGUUUGCUUGGGCAACUGCUCAUGCACUGCAUAUUCCUAUGGGAAAGGAGGCUGCUCUGUCUGGCAUGGCAAAUUGACCAAUGUAAGACAACGAUCUGAUGGAAAUGGGGAAAUACUGCACAUCCGCCUUGCUGCAACAGAGGUGCCAAGGGCGGCAAGGAAGAACAGUAAUGCCAUUGGCAUUGGUGCUGCCAUUGGGGCAAGCGCUGCGGCUUUCGGCCUGAUGAUCCUUGGUCUGAUGAUUUGGAGGAGAAAAGAGAAGUGGUUCGCUCGCACACAGCUGGGAGAUAUUCAAGGUAGCAUUGGGAUCCUUACAUUCCGAUAUGUUGAUUUGGAGCGAGCAACUAAAAAAUUCUCAGAGAAAUUGGGGGGAGGCAGUUUCGGUUCCGUGUUCAAGGGAUACCUAAGUGACUCAUUUACCUUGGCAGUGAAAAGGCUCGAUGGCGCCAAGCAAGGAGAGAAGCAAUUCAGAGCAGAAGUGAGCUCUGUCGGAAUCAUCCAGCACAUCAACUUAGUCAAACUGAUCGGAUUUUGUUGCGAAGGUGUUCAGAGGCUACUUGUUUAUGAAUACAUGCCAAACCACUCCCUUGAUGUGCAUUUAUUCAAAGCUAGUGAUACGGUUCUGGAUUGGAAUCUCAGGUUCCAAAUAGCUAUUGGAGUUGCCAGAGGCCUGGCUUACUUGCACACUGGUUGUCGGGAUUGCAUUAUACACUGUGACAUCAAGCCAGAGAACAUACUUCUUGAUGCGUCUUUUGUACCUAAAAUUGCAGAUUUUGGCAUGGCAAAGAUCUUGGGGAGAGAAUUUAGUCAUGCAAUAACUACAAUGAGAGGAACUAUCGGAUAUCUUGCGCCUGAGUGGAUUAGCGGAGCACCUGUGACAUCUAAAGUGGAUGUUUACAGCUACGGAAUGGUCUUAUUUGAAAUAGUGUCAGGCAGGAGGAAUUCAAGCCAGGAAUACUUCAAUGAUGGUGAUUAUUCAGCAUUUUUCCCAUUGCAAGUUGCACGCAAGCUUCUGAGCGGAGACAUUGGAAGUCUGGUGGAUGCAAAUUUGCAUGGUAUUGCAAAUCUUGACGAGGUUGAAAGAGUUUGCAGAGUUGCAGGCUGGUGCAUUCAAGACAGUGAGUUUGAUCGACCGACCAUGACCGAGGUGGUGCAGUUUCUUGAGGGUCUUUCUGAGCUCGACAUGCCUCCGGUGCCGAGACUGCUCAAAGCUAUCACAGGAGGGUCACCAUAAUAAGUUUAUUUGACAUCUGUUUAGCUGUGCCACAGACUUGUAUAUAGUACUUAGAAAAAAAUUAGCUAUCCCGUGAGAACAUAGUAGUUUACAUCAGAGUAGUAUAUGUAAACUUGGCAUUUGUGGCAUGCUAGUAAUCUGGGGGCGAUAGUCUUUAAGAAAAAAAACAAAUACAUAUGUAUGAUGCUUGAAACUUUUGAUACCCAAGGAGGAGGAAAUAAACUUUGUGGUAUUUCUCAUUUUGCAAAA